AUGGCCGCUGUCUGGGGUAAUGUCCCUCUGGGUGGAGGCCAGUUCCCUCUGGAGCAAUGGUUCUAUGAGAUGCCUCCUUGUACACGAUGGUGGACGGUUGCGACUGUAGUGACCUCCAUCCUGGUUCAGUGUGAUGUUGUCACUCCCUUCCAGCUGUUCUACAGUUUCCGCUCAGUAUACAUCAAGUCACAGUACUGGCGGCUCGUUACAACAUUCAUCUACUUUGGCCCGUUGAGCCUAGACCUUAUCUUCCACGUCUUCUUCCUCCAAAGAUACUCACGCCUCUUGGAAGAAGCAUCAGGCCACUCCUCAGCCGACUUCUCCUGGCUCCUUCUAUACGCCACUUCAUUCCUCCUCCUCAUAUCGCCUUUGCUCUCGCUGCCAUUCCUAGGCUCAGCCCUCUCCUCAAGCCUGGUCUACAUCUGGAGCCGACGCAAUCCAGAAACAAGACUCAACUUCCUUGGCUUGCUGGUAUUCACCGCUCCCUACCUUCCAUGGGUUCUGAUCGCAUUCAGCCUCGUGGUACAUGGCAUCAUUCCAAAGGAUGAACUCUGCGGCGUCGUUGUCGGUCACAUUUGGUACUUCUUUUCGGAUGUUUACCCUUCCCUCCAUGGUGGGCAUAGACCGCUGGACCCUCCAGCCUGGUGGAGACGAUUGUUCGAAGGACGCCCACAACCCCCACCGCGGUUUCCCAUCAUCAACAACGCUCAAUAA